AUGCGUUCCCGACAUGCGUACGGUCUCUUGAGUGCACUUGGCUCAUUGUUGACAUGGCUCUGCAUGCACAUAUUCACCAACUACGGAAAUCCAUGGGACAUCUUCCCAGACCCGAUUCGACGAGUAUGCAUCGCUGUGUUUGCUAUAACUGUCGUCGACUACAUCUGGACAAUCUUGUGGUGGGUUGCAUACGAGCCUGUCCCCGCACCGACCGAUGAGAGUACGUUCCCAAACGUCACUGUCGUGAUACCUGUAUACAACGAGUCGUAUUUCAUUCGUCACUCAUUGCAUUCCGUUCUCCAGUCAUCUUAUCCCAAAGAUCGAUUGGAGGUUGUUGUAGUAGAUGAUGGCUCUACAGACGACACAUGGAACCACAUUACCGCUGCCGCAAAUGCAUAUGCCAGCACUACAGUUUCCUAUCGAACCAUUCGACAUGAGAAAAAUCUUGGCAAGCGAUUCGCCAUACACUCCGGCUUUUCUCUAGCAUCUGGUGAUAUCAUCAUCUCCCUGGAUUCAGACAGUGUAUUGGAACGCAACUCAAUAUCUCGAUUGAUAGCACCGUUAGUGCUUGAUAGUCGAGUUGGAGGUGUGGCAGGCCAUCUGAGUGUCCUAAACGUGGGCCAAAAGACCAUUCCCCGAUUGCUCGAUAUGCUGUUCGAGACGAGUGGAAACAUUCCUCGAGCAGCACAAUCAAAAGCAUGCGGCGCUGUCACAAUCCUUCCUGGUGCGCUUUCAGCAUAUCGCACAGUCGCAAUCAAACCAUUCCUCGCAAGCCUUCGCGAAACCAAGUUCAUGGGCACACCAAUCAAGCAUGGAGAGGAUAUUGAGAUAACGCUCGGAUUACUAUAUGCUGGCUGGAGAACAGUGUACCAGAGUAAUGCUGUUGUCCACACCAUUGCGCCAGAAGACGCUACUCGAGCGUUCCUGAUGUACACGCGUUGGGAACGAAGUUCGUACGUGUACUUGUUGUCAAGCUUCUCUAAGAUAACCUGGCCGGCCGUCCUCAGACAGCUGGGUACUCAACUUCUCAACGAUAUUAAAGUCAACACUAAAAGUCACUUUUAUGUUGACAUAUAUGAGGAGGCAGAGCGUCCUCGACAUAAUCCAAUGUCAGACGCUCCGUCAAGGACGAGCAUAGGGUGCCUAUUUUUGCUCACUAAUCUCAUCUCAACUGCUGUGGGCAACUGUUUGUUCCCUUUAGUCUUGUACGCUCAGAUGUACAUGGCCGUCUCUCGCCCUGAUGCAAUUGUGAUAGGGUAUCUCAUCACACUAUUACUGUCAUGCUUUCGUUCUCUUCUCUUUUUCGCUGAUUGUAGCGACGAUCGAAAAAACCAAGAGAAAGCUGCCGAAGAAGAAGAGGAGAAAGGAAUAGGGAGCUUGAACAGGGCGAACACAGCAAAACAAGAUAGGCUUUCGAUAUUUAGUCGAAAAGCACGGCUUUCUUGGCGGUUACAGUAUGGAUGGCUCGCUAUUCUUUUUCACGCGAGUUUCAUUAGCUGGUCAUCUAUAAUCGCAUUGCUAACUAUCAGAAGUCAAAAAUGGCUUACAAGAUAA